CUGGAAUCCCUUCCAUCAUGUGGUAAACCUCCGUGGAAAUAUUCUUUGACGCGUCCCGACAUCCUCCGGAAUAAGGAUCGGGAACGGGCCAACAGCCCUCGGGAACAUGACCCGAUGCCGAUUUAAAGUCUACUUUCAACUUCCUCCCGCCGGCGUCAUCUAAACUUCCUUACCUCUCCCGAAACGUUCUUUGGACUAACUAAGUAUUCACAAUGCUGGGACUAACCACGCGACGAUCCGCCGCGACCCGCUCCAGAUGCUUGACAUCUGGCACUAGUAACAUUCUCCGGAUAAGGGCAGCAGAGCGCCCAUCGCAAUCGUGUCUUGCGUCCAGGGACUUCCACGCCAGUCAACCCAGUGCGGCUUUCCGGCCUACGUGGAUGCCUAUGCGGGUGAAGACGCCGUGGAUCGAAGCGUUGACCAAGAGCAGAGAGGAUGCGAAGUCCGACAAGGGAGUUUCAGCGCCAGUUGCGAAGCCUGAUCUGACGCCAAAGAAGAUGUCGGAUAGCUAUUAUAGUGCCAUUUUACCGUUAGCUCAAGAUAAAUGGCUUCUUGAUACGUAUUUGAAUGCUUCCGGGCAUAUUAGGUUGGGGUCUCUACUGAUGGACCUGGAUGCGCUAGCUGGUGUCAUUGCUUAUAGACACACGGGCGACUCAGUAGCCACCGUGACCGCCGCGGUGGAUCGGAUCACUAUCGAACACCCUCUGAUGGAGAUCUGCGACCUCGAACUCAGUGGUCAGGUCACCUACGCCACGGGACGGUCUAGUAUGGAGAUAUCCCUGCAGGUAGCAAAGGCGCCGGCCCCAGGGGAGCAGGCGAAGCCUGAAGAUGUUCUGAUUACUUGUGCUUUCACAAUGGUGUCUCUUAAUCCGGUUACCAAGACACCUGUCAAUGUCGCACCGCUCUUGGUGGAAACCGCGGAAGAACGUCUUCUUUUCAAGAAGGGAGAGGAGAACUAUCAAGCGAAAAAGGCCCUGAGAAAGCGGAGUUUGCUUCAGAAGGCGCCAGACGACGAAGAGAGUAACCUGAUCCAUUCCAUGUGGACCAAGGAAAUGUCAUACCUAAACCCCCAAUCCCCAGCCACAAGACCCUCAAACAUGGUCUUCAUGAGUGACACCAACUUGAAAUCGGCAAUGAUCAUGCAACCACAAGACCGCAACCGUCACAACUUCAUGAUCUUCGGCGGCUUCCUCUUGAAACAAACCUUUGAGCUUGCCUUCUGCUGUGCGGCUUCCUUCUCUCAUGCUCGACCCAACUUCAUCUCCCUGGAUCCCAGCACAUUCGAAAACCCCGUGCCCGUCGGUAGCGUCCUGUACCUACGUGCCACGGUUGCUUAUACUGAGCCUCUCGAAAGAGAAGGUGCGGACAGCAAGUACACAAAAGUCCAAGUCCGUGUGGACUCCAAGGUCCGGGACGUGGAGCACGGCACCAAGAAGUCGACAGGCCAGUUCAACUAUACCUUCCUGGUUGAAAAGGAUAUCCACGUCAUGCCGAAGAGUUACGGCGAGUUUAUGCUGUGGACGGAUGCUAGGAGACGAUCCCAGAAUGCGGCGGCAUUGGCUCCUGCUGGGUCGAGGGAGCCUAGUGCUCUUAGGGGAAUCAAGGAUAGUGUGACUGAGUAAUUAUUAAUCCUUGUAAAAUAUUGUUAUGUAGAUUUUAUAGACUGUCCCACAUGUAUACAUUCAUCAUCUGGGUCACAUGACAUACCAUCUCCGCACUGAUGGAGGCCAGUCGGAUCUUAU